AUGCUCUUCCUGGCCAUCAUCCUCAUCGAGAUCAUGCUCGGCACACCGUUCGAUACCUUCCGCAAGUCCCAUAUCCAACAACACGGCCCCUCAACCCUGGGAUCAUUCUUUUCCGAUUACGAAACGGCAAUCACGCUGCUCGGCAGGCUCGAGACCAAAGGCGGCCCAAACUACAAGCGCGCCGUUGAACGAUGCAUCAGAAACAAGCCAGAACCCCCACCAAUGCCAAAUAUGAACGGCGAUGAGUUCAAGAGACUGGUGUAUGGCCAUGUAGUAGCACCAUUAGAAGAUGAUCUCAAGCAAUACACUUUGCCAAAACUAUUGUAA